AUGUCGAUACUUCAGAUUCCUUAUCGGGAAGGCCGUGAUGGCUUCUGGGGAGAGCAAACAUCAACCUUGAACUGGUGUGAAGAGGAUUACAACAUCACAUACUAUUGCGCCGAGCUGGUCAACACAUUGACCAACUUAAUGUUUAUGUGGCUUGGAGUCAAGGGGUUACGCAAUGUCCUUGAGUUUAAGCAUUCGCCCAUUUUCAUCCUUGCCUAUGUUGGCUACCUGGUGGUUGGCCUCGGCUCCAUGGCGUUCCAUGCAACUCUUAAGUAUGAGAUGCAACUCGCCGAUGAGCUACCCAUGAUUUAUACCGUCUUUAUCAUGUGUUAUGCCACAUUCUCCUACAAGAGAUCCCCCAGGACCCAAUUACUGAUUGCCUCGAUCAUGGUUGGGCUUGGUAUCUUCAUCACUGUUUAUUAUCUUUAUGCGAAAAACCCAGUUUUCCAUCAGGUGGCAUUUGCCCUAAUCACCGCAACCACCAUCUUCCGCGGCUUCUACGUUAUGGAGUAUCAGUUGAGGCCGCAGCUUAGGGAGAGAAAUCCUACCGCGUGCAGCCGGAUUAUGCGCGAGAUGUGGACGUUGGCAUUGGUUUCCAUUAUCACCUUUGUCGGCGGUUUCCUUAUCUGGAACAUGGACAACAUCUUCUGCAGACAUCUCACCACCGCAAAGAACCAGCUGCAACUCCCUUGGUCGAUUGUACUUGAAGGUCAUGGAUGGUGGCAUAUCCUGACUGGCCUAGGUGCAUACGAAAUGAUUCUCUGGCGCAUCUGGCUGGUUCGUUGCCUCAGCGGCGAGGAGGAGAAAUUCAUGCUUGAUUGGCGGCCUUGGAGGUCUAUUCCUCAGGUCGUUCCCAGGACUCACAAGGGUGCAACCAAGAGCAGCUGA